GCUCUUGCAAGACUGCUGGCUCAGUUACUUCAAUACUUACCCACCUUUUUUGUACAAAUUUGUGCAGCGUUUCGGCUGUUUGCGUGCUUCACCAUGGGGGACAUGGACAAAGACCUAAAGACAGACCCGCCAUGUCAUCCUAGAGCAUGUGCAAUCCAGAAUUGUAUACAAAAGAACAACUACAACGAAGGGAAAUGCAGAAAAGAGAUCGAUGCCUUGUAUGAAUGCUGUAAUGCUUUCUACAAAGAACAAGGAGAAAAUGCCAGUACCGUGAGCUGUCCAAAAUAUUCGCUGCUGAAGCUUAAGAUGGAGCAACGUGCUAAGGGUAUAUCAUAGCUUCCAAGGCAAACUAGUGGAUGAGGACUAAGGUUCCGAUGUAAUUGUAGUCAUGUAUCAUAACAAACAAGAACCCAACCAUUUGUCCUGAGAUUGACACCGGGAC